ACAGCACAUACCAAAAAGUGUAAUUCAAGCAGUUGAUGUAUAUCCCUGCAGGAGAGGAAGGGAGAGAGAGAGAUCAGGAUACGGACAGAGGGAAUCCGCACCUUUCUCAGAGUGACUAUAGCAAGCUUUACGUUGUGCUCCUCCGCGGACUUACGCGUAAAGACAAUCAAUGAAGGAGAGAAGAUCUAUACAGAAACUGUCCCUUCAGCCCGGAAUGGAUCCGAGUCAGAGCCUCAAAUGUAAGAUCGUGGUCGUGGGGGACAGUCAGUGUGGGAAAACCGCUCUGCUCCACGUUUUUGCUAAGGACUGUUUCCCAGAGAAUUACGUGCCCACUGUGUUUGAGAAUUACACAGCAAGUUUUGAGAUUGACAAGCAGAGAAUAGAGCUCAGCCUGUGGGACACCUCAGGCUCUCCAUAUUAUGACAACGUCAGACCACUCUCGUAUCCAGAUUCGGAUGCUGUCAUCAUAUGUUUUGACAUCAGCCGACCAGAGACCCUGGACAGUGUCCUAAAGAAGUGGAAAGGAGAGAUUCAGGAAUUCUGUCCCAACACAAAGAUGCUCCUCGUCGGAUGCAAGUCAGACCUUAGGACGGACCUCACGACUUUAGUGGAGUUGUCCAAUCACAGACAGACGCCGGUGUCCUACGAUCAGGGUUCAGCUAUGGCUAAGCAGAUAUCCGCACCUUAUAUCGAAUGCUCCGCAGUGCAGUCGGAGAACAGCGUGCGGGACAUUUUCCACGUCGCAACGCUGGCUUGUGUAAAUAAGAACAACAAAAACAUCAAGCGCAACAAAUCGGCACGCUCAACCAAACGCAUAUCACAUAUGCCUAGUCGACCAGAUCUUGCUGCCGUGUCCACAGACCUACGCAAAGACAAAGCAAAGAGUUGCACGGUCAUGUAAUGCAAGGUGUUCGGGGGGAAAGAUUCAUUCUGGGAAACGGUGAGGGUGGACUGUGGAAGCAAGAAAGGUCUGGAAUUGCCUCCAAAGACAAAGCAAAAGUGGAGAGCGGGAGUGUUUACUGAAGUCCCUGAAGGUCUCUCCGGUUUGAGGGAUCCACUUGUUGCCAGAACUCGACAAGCUUGUGGGCGUAAACCCAUAGUACGGCCCCAACCACCUCUCCUAAACUUAUCCUCUCAGCAGGAGGAUGUCACCACCCUCUCGGCCGAUGGGAGGCCUUCCUUCCUGCUCCUGGAUGUGAAACUGCUUCCUCUCUGGAGGGUUCCUUCUGGAAGCUUCUGCUGCAGGAAAGGAAGGAGGAAGUAGAAUCACAUAACCAUUGAGUCCAGAGUUCCGCUGAGCUUUGGUACACAGCUUUUUUUAAAAGAUGCACGUCGUUUCAGUUGGUAUUAAUGGUUGCACAAUGAAACAGCGAAGGGGAAGAUGACUUCCAUAAUGGCGAAAUUUGGACAAGGACAACUCUCGCUUCUUUCUUUUUGAGUCUGUACAGCUAAAUGAGGAUAUGAAACGAGAGUGUAUCACUGUGGUUACGGAUCACUUCCUCCUUCGAUCCUUCUCGGUCUGUUUUGUUUCUUCUGUAGACCAAGAGCACGAGUUUGUGUGUGUGCGUGGUUUUCGUUUUCUUAUGCUAAGCUCAGCUAAAACUGUCACCAUGGAUACGCCGCUGGUAUAUUUGAACUCGCACUGUUCUGUAUAACUCCUCAUAAUCACAUUACGGUUCAUUAGGAUUCAGAAAAAGAAAAACCAAAGAACUGGAAGGUUUUCAAGUCGGAUGACUCAAUGUUUGAUGUUCUGGAGUGCAUGAUGGAUGUGUAUUUGAGGGCUUUUAGUGGAUCAAUGAUCUUUCACGGUUCUGUAAGAACAUGGUUCCGCUUGUCUUUAUAGACCGGUUAUAUGGAAGCGCAAAUAACGACAUUUGAGAAUUGACCUGAUCAUUUAGUAGUCAUUCGCAUUCGGUUUAUCCCUGAAGGGGCAUUCACAUUGACAGAGAUUUGCAGCGACAAAGCAUCUGGAAGUCAUUAAUUUGCAAUGAGAGUUGGUGAUUUGAGGCCACAUGAGCAACAGAGACCAUUUACAAUGCAAUGCAGUUUAAAGUUUAACUUCAUGCAAAUCUGGAACAAAACUAAUGCUGGGAUGCAUAAAAAAAACUGUGCAAAAUGCUGUUAGCAUGCUAAUUUCUGGUGAAAAUGUCAAAUAUAAGGCUAAAAAAAUGUUUUUAAAACAUAUUUAAGACAAAAUCUUGCUAAACUAGACAAUCUCGCUAAACAACCAGUCAUUUUUGGACAACUAAUUGAUCAUUGUUUAGAAACACAUACUAGAAUCCAAUAGUAGGCGAAAUCCAAUGAUUUAAUCUCUGUCAGUGUGAACGUUGCAUAACGAUAACACUAUUGCAGUAACAAAUGAUUGUUGAACAAGCACAGAACUAAAUUGUCGUUAUCUGUAAAAUGUUAAAUGAACAUUUGUGCCUUUUGUGACAUCUUUGAAAUUCUUUUAAGCACAAUUGUUAAAAUGAUAAAUAAACAAUCAAACAUGAAAUUCAAGGUCAUAUUAAACCUGCGCUUCUAUCUGCCCAGUCCAAGAAAGGAACUAAUGGAUUUCGAAGGACGUUAAGAAAAAAUUUCUCUCCUCUCUCUACUAAACUAUGCAGUCUGUUUCUGAACACACGUGAGAGGAUUGAGGAAAAUGAUUAAUGGACAUUCUUUCUCUUUCAAAACAAAAAUUUGUUGCGACUCAGUAUAUUGCCUUGCAGAGCCAUGGGAGGAUAUGCGUUCCACUAUUGUAGUGCUUAAAGUUUCUCAAAAGAAAAUCUUCAGAAGUUUGAAGCUAGCUGCAAAAUCUCAUUUGCUGCAUGUUUGUAGUUGCACUUUUUGUUUAAACUUGCGCGAAACAAAUUUUUUUACAUUCGUUUUUAAUUGGUCAGAGAAAAAUUUCUCAACCGUGUCACAAAUUUGUUUCACAUAGGCAGUAUUACAAAUUUUGGUGUGUGUACAUGUGUAGGUGCUUAUAAAAACAACAACAAAAUGUUUCCUAAUGUAGGAUGUCUGUAAUAAUUUUUUUUAAUGCCUUCUGUGUGUUGAGGUCCAUGUAUGUCUGUUUUGUUGAUGUUGCCAUAAUAUUUAUUGAAUUAUAUAUUUUUUCCCUUAGAAAUAAAUCAAAAAAUAAAAUGAAAAAGGAUUUUUUUGAUAUGAAA